AUGACUUCAACAAAUAGUGCUGGCCAUUCAACUGGCUUUAUAUCAAUUCCCGUGGAAAUAGUUUCUAGAUCGAACUUAAGCAACUCAAAUUUUUAUGAUUCUCCAAAUCGCACGGCUCGUUAUGAGGAUAGUUUUCAUACUGAUUUUUCAAAUUCACCACCAUGGAAGAAGCCAUCGAUAAAUACGCAUUACCGAAGUCGACUUCAACCACGUCAAACUCUCAGCACUGCAUAUGAUCGUUUGAUAAAUGAUUCUCCGUUGCAUCAAUCAUAUCGUGAUCAACAAUAUCGUCCUUUACAAAAACGAACAUAUGAUUCAAGUUCUCUACACACAAGUCGUUCAAGUGACGAUCUUCUUUCAUCGUCAAAUGAUUCCAUACGUCCGAAAACUCAAUCUUCAAAUACUUCCUAUUAUCCUGAAACAUCAAAUAACGGAUUUCGAACUGAUUCAGAUUUUAUACAUCCGAAUACAUACACAAAUUCUUUUCGGCGAUCCUCCUUUGAUGUGCUUAAUGAUGUUUCAGAUAUCGAUCAACAAAAUCCAUCUGAACAUCAAACUUAUUAUAGACCGACUUAUAUUACUCGAGCAAAUAUCAAUCCCAAAACUGUUUAUUCCAGUGAAUAUCAUAUACCAAUAAAUAAUCAUCAAUCAAGUAAAUUUCAAGAAACAGCCAAUAAUUCACAUGAUCGAUCUGGAUCGCCAGCUUCUGACCGUGAUGAAUCACCGACUCGACCUUCACCAUUAAACGCCCAACAACCUCAAGAGUCCGAUUUUAAAACGACGAAAGAUACGACUAGUACAAUGGCAGGACAGAGCACUACUUCAUCGUCGAGUGAUCAACAAGUUCCAUCUACUGAAAUGCCUGCAGCAGCGAAUAUACAACCAGUUCCUUCACGUGAUUCCAAUACAAUUGCUUUAGAAAAACUUGAACAAAUUAAACAAAAUUUAGUUGAUUUAAAUCAGCAAGUCGAUGCAUUUGAUGGUGUGACACGUGAUGAUCGUAUAUAUAAAUUGCUUGAUGAACAAGCAGUAAAAAUGAUGCUAACUUGUGAUGAAUUAACUGAUGUUAGCGUCGAUAUAAAAGAAAAACGUAAAGAAAUGAUUCGAAAUGUACAAACAGUUAUCGCUAAGCUUGAAUCAAAAGUGCCAAUGAGUUUAACUAUUGAAAAUAAUAGUAAUCUAAUGGAAACUAAACUCGCUGUUGAUGAUCUAUCAAUAAACAGUACUGAACAGCAGCAAUCUUCAAGAACUCAAAAUGAACAAACAUCAACAGAGCGAUCGAUAUAA